AUGCAAGAAACGGGACGUACUACUGGGCCUCCAGCAGGAAGUAGACCGCACAGCAAUGGUACAAUUUUGUCUGUCACCACCGAAUCACCCGCAGCUUUCCCAACAGUUAUGAGAAUUUUGAAAAUGACCUGGCACGUAUCACAAUCUGAGAAGAUAAAAGAGAGUUGUAGCACUCUUUCGGCGCCUGUCACCACACGAAGGAGGCACGAGGGCUGCGAUACUGCCCCGUCGCCCAAGCCUAGACAGGGAAAGUUGAGAGGUAGGGGUCGGGUCACUGAAGAUGCCUAUGACAGACACAACCCGAACUGGAUAUGUUUUCUUAACGGCACCCAGUUCAAACUCAAGGGCGUGUAUUUCCAUCAGGCAGAAAACUACCAUAGGAACAACGCUGAAGAUGUCCGCUGUGAACGAGAAUCAUUGGAAAAUAACUACGACGUAACACGUUCACCUCGCACGUCAGGUGUCUGGAGUUCAAAUCCCGGCACGGCCAUCGGAUAUACACUGCUGAUGAGCUCUAAUUCGAGCGAAACUCGAGUUAAGUGCUUCACUUCCUUUGGUGUGGACCCACCAGAAUAA